UUCUGUCUUAUUUUUUAACAUGUUGAGUAACGGAGCGUUUGAUGUUAGUUCUUUGGAACAACUUGAAACGUACAUACAAAAUAACAUAAAAUAUAUCGAUUAUUUCGUAGUGUCGUCAAACCUCUUUGAAUGCGCCUUAGAACUUGCUUUGAGAUUAUUUCCCACCUGGAAAAAAGAGGACCUGGAGUUAGAGCAAUGUAAAGAUGGAAUCACCAAUAAACUUAUCAAGUGCACAAAUAAGCCUCUUGGAUUUUCUAUAUUAAUUCGAACCUAUGGUAAUAAAUCGGAAGUUCUAAUAGACAGGAAACAAGAAAUAUAUAAUAUAGUUUCGUUGUCGAGUUUAGAUUUGUCGCCACCUCUUUAUGGACGCUUCAAUAACGGAAUCGUUUACGGUUUUAUAGAAGGGAAAGUGUUUUCUGUUGCUGAUUUAAGUGACCCGUUCAAAUCUUUAUUAGCUGCCAAAAAUUUGGCUAUUUGGCAUGGCACGGAUAUUGCGGGAGAAAAAAAGCCGAAUUUAUUUAUUACCUUAAAGAAAUGGCUUAAAGAAGUAACAAAGUCUUAUGACAACGACGAGAAAUUCCUAAAACAUUUCAAUAUAGAAAAGCUUAAUAAAGAGUUAAUUAGUUUGGAACAGGAAUUGGUAAAAGUUAAUUCCCCCGUUACGUUUUGUCAUAACGAUCUCCUUUAUGCAAACAUUAUUUAUAAUGAAUCUGCAAAAAAAGUUUCAUUCAUUGAUUAUGAAUAUGCAUGUUAUAGCUACCGAGGAUUUGACAUCGGAAACCAUUUUUGUGAAUUUGCUGGAUUUGAAUGUGAUUAUAGUUUGUAUCCUGAUGAGAAAUUUCAAAUGCAAUGGUUGAGACACUAUCUUAAUGCAUUUAAUUCCACUCGCGAUGCUACUGAUGAGGAAAUUUCUAUAUUAUAUCGAGAAGUCAAUAAAUUUGCGUUAGCUUCUCAUUUUUAUUGGGGACUUUGGGGUUUGAUUCAAGCCCAGCUUUCCGAUAUUGAUUUUAAUUAUAUGGAAUAUGCUGUGUUACGGUUUAAAGAGUAUUACAAGCGAAAAGAUGAAUUUUUAUCAUUGUGAUUCAUUACUAUAUAUUACUAUAUGUAGGAUCGGACCAGAAUUAUCUCAAUUUUGUUAUUGAUCAUAUAUUAUAAUUUUGGAAUUUUGGUCAAAAUUCCAAUUCUGGCCUAAUUUAUAAGUAAUAUUUUUAAACUGACAAUAUAGAAAGGCUAAAUAAACAAAUAAAC